CCACCACCAGUGGCAUCACCUCCGCCUCCAGUUCACUCCCCACCACCACCAGUCCAUUCUCCUCCACCACCAGUGGCAUCCCUUCCGCCUCCAGUUCAUUCGCCACCUCCUCCAGUUCACUCACCACCACCACCACCAGUUCAUUCCCCACCUCUUCCAGUUCAUUCUCCACCGCCACCAGUUCACUCACCACCACCUCCAGUCUUUUCUCCUCCUCCACCGGUCUACUCCCCACCUCCACCUAAACCUGUUCAAUCACCACCUCCUGCUCCAUUGGCAUCUCCCCCUCCACCUGUUUUCGAGGAUGUUAUCCUUCCUCCAAACUUGGGAUCAAUUUACGCAUCACCACCACCACCAAUUUUCCCUGGUUACUAAAGGGGAUGCAUUACUAACAUCUCUCUUAUUCAUCUUGACAAACAUUGUUAGUUCAAAGAAAUAUGUAUACAUCAACGUUUAAAUAUACACAAUCAAAGAAAUUUUAUUUAUCUUA